AUGUUCACAAGACCAGCCAAACAAUCAAAAGCUGCUACGAUCGCGUCAUUCAAAAUAUCUCAUAUAUUGGCGAAACACAAGAAACCAUUCGAAGAUGGAUCGGUGAUGAAGGAAGCAUCUAUUGAAGCGGGUAAGACUUUAUUUGGAGAUUUUAAAAAUAAAACAGAAAUCAUGUCUGCUAUUAGAGAACUUCAGUUAUCUCGUCCGACUGUCACAAGGCGUAUUGAAGUUAUGAGUCAGGACAUCGCAGAUAAACUAAAACAUAAUAUCAUGGAAUGUACAUACUUUUCUUUACAGUUCGACGAAUCCACCGAUAUGACAGACACUGCCCAGCUGUGUAUUUUUAUUCGGAUGGUAUUCAAUGACAUGUCGGCUAAUGAAGAAUUUUUGACAAUCAUUCCUCUGAAGGGGAAGACCCGUGGAGAAGAUAUAUAUGAAGUUUUCUUUAGUUUUGUAAAAAACUACGAGCUACCAAUAUAUAAAUUAGUAUGCAUUAUAACCGAUGGAGCACCAGCAUUGACUGGAAACAAAAACGGUUUUGUGGCAUUGUGUCGAGUUAAUGAAGAAUUCCCUUCAUUUUUUUCAUUCCAUUGCAUUAUCAAUUAUCAACAAGUUUUGUGUUCCAAAGUUUUAAGCACGGAGGAAAUUAUGGGCAUUGCAACAAAAAUUGUGAAUUCCAUCCGUGCACGUAGCUUGCAACGGCGGCUCUUUCAGUUGCAGUUGGAAGAUAGGGAGUCAGCUGAACACACUGAUUUAGUUCUUCACACAGACCUCAGGUGGUUGAGUCGCGGAAAGUUCCUACAAAGGUUUCAAGAAUUAUUGCCCGAAAUAACAGCUUUUCUAGACGAAAGAGGUGAUAACACUCAGAUUUUGAAAAACGAAAAAUGGCUGACUGAUUUGGCAUUUUUGACUGACAUCACAAUGCACUUAAACAUCGUUAACUUAGAGCUUCAAGGUAAAGGAAAAACUAUUAUUGAGAUGAUUAGCGCAGUAAACGCAAAGUAA